AUGGACUGUGCCAUCCAUUGUAUGAUUGGGGCGGCCCUGGGCGUCGGGCUGCACCAGACUUUAUUCAUCCACGGAGAGUGGCAUGUCCAUGCGCCUCAGAUAGUCCUAUAUCACAUUGCCUACUUCUCAUUCCUGUCGAUAAUCCUCGCAAGGUCCCAUUGGAUGAUUGCUGGCUACAUAGUUGGGAUGUUCUUAAGCAUCACUAUCUAUCGCAUCUUCUUCCAUCGUCUCAAGCAGUUCCCAGGUCCCAUAUUGGCUCGUGUCACCAAGAUAUGGCACGCAUGGCAAGCCCGUCACCGCACAAAUUACCUCGUUCUGGAGAGGCUUCACAAUCAAUACGGAGAUUUUGUCCGAACGGGACCCAGUGAGAUUACAGUUUACCACCCGGAUGUAUUCAUGGCCAUCGAUGGCCCUUCCGGCAGCUGCGUCAAAUCAGAGUGGUACGACGUGCUCCAUCCAAAGAUGUCCUUGGUUACCGCGCGCGAUAAGGAAAUCCAUGGAGCACGUCGCCGACAGUGGAAUAGAGGAUUCACAUCUCAAGCUUUGGAGAACUACCAAGAGCGGAUCAUUCCCCUCAUUGAACAGCUGGAGACUUGUAUCGACAAAGACAUGAGCGCGGGAAAGGUGUCCGACAUGAGAGACAUGUUCUUCUGGCUUGGAUUCGACCGUAUGGGUGAUUUCAUUUUCAGUCGAACUUUCAACAUGCUCUCACGCCAAGAAUGGCACCAUAUCAUUCUCCUUCUACAACGCGCAUUGUCCCUCCUGGGACCAUUGAGCCCGGUGCCUUGGCUGGUUCACAUUGCUUUCAAGCUCCUCCCCCGAGUAUGGAUUUUGGGCGACUGGUUCCGGAUGGUGUCGUGGUGCGAGGGACAAAUGAUCGAUCGAUUGAAGGCUCCCAAGAGCAAUUCGAAGGUUCUGGAUGUGGCUCACUAUCUGCUCCAAGAUGCUAGAAAUGACCUGGAACAGUUUCCAUGGCUGACAGGAGACAGUAUUUUGGCUAUCGUGGCAGGAAGCGAGCCCACUGCAGCUGUUCUCAUCGGGCUUUUCUACGAACUAGCAAAGGCUCCACACCAUGCAGAUAGCGUUGUCCAGGAACUCAAGGAUGUCAAAAUCGAAGACUCUCGGGCACUGGCACAAUGCGCCCAUCUCGACGCCGUGAUCUCAGAGGCCCUGCGGCUGUACCCCGCUUUGCCCACUGGGGGAAAUCGAAAAACGACGAAAGACGGUGUUACGAUCGGAGGAGUCUACAUUCCACCCGAGACGACAAUUGUCGCCCCCAGAUAUGUCAUUUCACGCCGAGAGGAUUGUUUCGAACACGCACGCAAAUUUAUCCCGGAGAGAUGGUACAAAUACCCGGAGAUGGUACGGAACAAGGCUGCCUUCGCACCGUUCGGCACGGGCCACACGAGCUGCGUUGGUCGUGCCCUAGCCAUGAACGAUAUGCGGCUGAUAACAGCGCGACUGGUCCAGAAAUACCGCUUCAGCAUCCCCGUCGGCGAGACCGGCGACUCCGUAUGGAAAGAUCUCAAGGACCAAUUCACGUCGAAUCCCGGCCGCUUACGACUGGCUCUGAUAUGGGGACCCUACUACCGGGGGUACUCGCCUUUCUACGAUCCUGCCGGGACAUACCUGCCUGAACAUUGA